AUGAAGCGGAAACAUUGCCGCGAAGGAUCGGCGCGUUCGGGCUGCUGUUUCCACGAUGACGCGGCCGACGCCUUUCCCGGUCAGCUGGAGACGGCCGCAUCAAGUCCCUUCUCGGGCUCAGAUGCCAGCAGGAAUCCCAGUUCCGGUGGUACUCCGUCAGACCGCCGGCGCGUGGAACUUUCGGAGGACCCGGGGGAAAACGAAGGAAAGGAGGCGCGCAUAUCGACGUUCAACAGGUGUGAUGCUUCUUCUCUGUCGUACGGCCAGGAAGGGUCUGGAGACGCUGGGAAUUCCCCUCCCUCCUCGUUUUUUGGCUUUUUGUCUGACUCAUUCGACACUCUCUUUCCCAGUGACGACUUGGACCCUCUUCUGCAACGGCCUGUCCUCGAGGGAGGCACCCGUUCUUCGCCCGAGCCGGUGUUGCCAGGAUCUAGAGACCGAGUCUCACGGUCCAGCGCCUUCGCCAAUGCGUUUCGCAGAGAAGGGAACACGACGUUCUGCUCCAGUUCUGCGUUGGAGCCUGCCAGUGAUAAAAACGAAUCGACAGCUGCAGGCAAGGCUCGCACAGAGAGUCAAGAACCCGGAAGCGCCGUUGCCACAACCGCAUCUGCAUGCCUUCCCUCCUUUGAUGCUGCUGUGCAUCUCUAUGACUGGCGGAUGAAGGAUUCGUGGGCUGCCCGCCGGUGGCGGUAUCACGCGCCGGAGUAUAUACGCAAGGCCUUUACUCUUUUCUUCCCCAUCGACCGCCGCCUUCAUGAGCUGUACAGACAGGAAAUGGCUGCCAUUCUCGCUCUGGUCGGCCCGUAUGUCGAGAUCGAACCUCCAGUUCCUAUCGAUCCGAACUGCCACCCGCCGCCGUCGUACAGUGUCAUUCCUCGAGAACAGGCGCAGGGCGGAGGCCACGAAGGGCGCCAGGAGUGGAAGGAAAGUCGCGCGGAACAGACGGGAGCCUCCGCCGACGCAGAGCGAAGAGCUGCGUUGGGAAACCACUCUGAAGGUGCGCCUUCCGGCAGCUUGGCUGAAACCACGGUGGCGAAGUCACACCCUGACGCCAGUCCACCCCACGUGACUAUGGAGGAGUUCUGUGAAGAAGCGCGGAGGGUCCACAGGGGCGCCUUCACUGGGAAGGGACGCAAGAAGCCGGUCAAGAUUGUCGACACCAUUAUUCUUGGGUAUGACUUGGACAUGCUGGAGGUUCGUUUGUACGAGCUUGAGCACACAGUCGACUACUUCGUGAUCCUCGAAUCCCGUCACCACACAACGGGGCUUUUCGAGAAGCCUCUGCUCUUUCAGCAAAACAGGCAGCGAUUUGCGCGCUUUCUUCACAAAAUCGUCUACUUCGAGUUCCCUGUAGGCCUUAGCCUUUUCUUCGCCCGGCGCUGCAUGGCUAGGUUCCUAGGUGACUCCGACUAUUGCUGGCACUUCGAAUUCACCAGUCGGGACAUUUUGCUAUGGAUGCUGGCACGCUUCAAUGAGGGGCUUGACACGGCCGGCAAUGUUCACGUAUCGGCUCCCAUCAUUGGCUUGGACGACCUGAUCAUGACCGGCGACCCAGAUGAGAUCAUUCGAGGAGACCGACUGCGUCAUUUAAAGUUCUGCGAGCCGGUCGAGCAACCUACCCUCGGAUGGGCGCUGGUGCACUACCCUGGCCACAUCGACGCAAUGGCCGCCAAGGAAUUUGGUGCUCAAACAGGCCUCUCGACAGACGUUCCGCAUGCGAUCGGACCUCUUAUGGACACCUUUAAGUAUGCGGCAGUCAAAUAUCUGCAUCGUGUCGCGGACCCGCGGUUCCUUGGACACGUCUUUUUGCGCCACGCCCCAUCGCAGCUGAACCCGCCGCUGUACUUGUAUGGAGGAUGGCAUAUGAGCGAUAUGUCUUACCUGCCGUUCCUAAUGAGCAAAAUCCCCGUCGACGACGUCAAACCCGGAUACGAGCCCUGGAGUGUGUACCAACACCUGGUGAAUGGGGACUUGGAUCUGGCGCAACGCAGCGUCUGGGAGAAAUUCCGUGACUACCGUCAAGUUGGUGCUUCUGUCAUUGCCGCUGACAAGGUCCCAGAAGCGUACAAAGAUAUCGGUUUCGGCGACGUGCCCUGGCUGAUGAAAUGCAAUCCAAUGAGGUACCCGACUUGGUUCCGUGUGAUGGACAAGAGAUACUUCAUGCGGCCGAACAAGUCGUUUUAUCGAGGCGAUGAGCCGGUUCUAGUUCGAGAUGCCCAGGAGUGGGUGGACGUUCUAAAGGGCAUUCGAGACAAUUACAAACUUCCUGGGCACUGA